AUGGACAAUCGUCCAAGUCACAGGGAUGUGUCCCUACAACCAAAACCAAAUCCAGUAUCACCGUUGAAUAUCUCUCACUUCCCUAGAAAGUCGGGAUAUCAAGGUGGCCAGGCUGUCUAUGCGCCUUGUAUACAAACAGCUCCGGACACGAGCAACUGGUCUAAUCAUUUUUACAGCCCAUUAUUUGCUUUGAAAGGGUUUAAUCCUUCCAAUGAGGCCGCCCAUACCUUAGCUAUCCAAACGAAUCAUCGCUCGAGACCUACCACUCAGCCGGAGCCUGCAGUGUCUUUCCAGCAACCAUACCUCCACCCUCGGGGUUUUCACCGUGAUAUCCCAUUACAGACGCCCAGACCUGCAUCCCGCCUUGACAGUCAUCCGAUACUUCCUCCCAUUUUCAACCACCAGCGUUUUAUCGACCAGACUAUUGUCAAACCUGCAGAGGCGGUACCACGUCCGUUCGACUUGGAAUAUUUCUAUUCCAAACGAGCGAUGAAGAGAAGACCAUCAGACGACGAGUCGAAUACGGAAGAUCCGAAACGACCCCGGAAAGGCCCAUGUUAUAAAUUGAUAGCGCUUGCCAAUGAAUUCCCCUUUGUACAGCAUAAGACCAUUCGAGCUCUGCUAUCACGCCAUGAAACUCUACUAGAUGCAUACGAGGCCCUUUACCACUUGGAACAGCCGGAUCCAAACGAUGAUCGUAAUCCAUUGACACGACUACGACGUGUUCGACCUAAAAACGAGACAAAUAUCCCGUUAGAAAUACAACGUGAAAUCGAACAGAUCAAAAAAAUUGUUGCCGAUAAUGCUAAGAAUUUGGUCGAAUGCCAGUGUUGCUUCGUCGGCGUGUCACCCAAGGUUGCGAUCUCUUGCAACGGGGACGAAACGCAUUCUUUCUGUCGUCGUUGUAUCAAAAAAUACGCAGAGACACAGCUCGGGCAGAUGAACUACGACAUCAAAUGUAUUGAUGUAAGUGGGUGUCAUGCGGGAUUUGAAAAGGCCCUUCUCCAACAAGUUGUGGGCGAGAAAUUCCUGAAGCGACUAGAAUUUCUCCAACAAAUGGACGAACUUACAAAGUCUGGUGUAAAGGGUCUCGAGGGCUGUCCAUUUUGCGAGUUCAAGGCCGUAUGCGUGCCGCUUGUGCAGGUCAAAGGAACCCCGAAAUUCUCUUGCCAGAACCCAGACUGCGGAAAAGUUAGCUGUCGACUAUGCCAGUGUGAAUCACAUGCACCAAAAAGCUGCGCGCAAGCCAAAAAGGAGCGCGGUGUUCCAGAGCGCCGAGAAGUAGAAGAGGCUAUGACCAAGGCUUUGCUUCGCACUUGUCCGAAAUGCGGCAUCAGCAUAGUCAAAGAAAGCGGCUGCAACAAGAUUCAAUGCAGGUGCGGUACGCUCAUUUGCGAUGUAUGCAAGGCCAAUAUCACAAAAGCCGGGUAUAAACACUUCUCCCGGGAAGGAUGCCCUCCCUCCGAGCCGGACCAGGGACAGAGUCGUCUCGUGGAUGAGGUCCAACGAGCGGGAAACGCAGCAGUUGACAAGAUUGUCGCUGGGAAUGGAAACAUUCUUCGUGAGCAGCUGCACAUCGAAGCUCCCCAGCCGCAGCCUGAACCCGUACAUUUCAACUUUGCACCACCACCAGUGAAUAUGCGUUUCCCUCACCCACUAUUACGCGCCGAUCCUGCUCCGUUUGAGCCUCGAAAUUUCCCUCAAUACUUCCCCCAAUACCUCCCCCCAAACAACCUACCAAAUCGCCUUUCCUGA